CUUAAAAGUACGCAAACUUUUUUCUAAGUUUCAACACUGAUCAAUGAUUUCUUCAACAAAACUUGGACAAUAUGAAGAACUUCCUUUUAAUAACAGCCGUUAUUGCUAGCAUUGUUGCAAUAUAUGUAUGGCCAGUGAUUGACCGAGUGAGACAAGUUGCUGUCGGGUAUGGUGCUAAAACUGUGUGUUCUGGGGUGUAUGUUAGUGGCAUGACUUUGGAAUCGCUAAGAAAAAACGAACUAAUGGGAGGUGGACCGAUGCUCCCUUUAUUUAUGACCUUUGACAUUGAUAAUACGACAAAAACAAUCACAACGUCAUGUCUUGGAGUAAAAGCAACUGCAAAAUACUAUGGAUACCAUAAAGGAUGUUCGUUGUUGCCAAGGUCUUAUUCUUAUGCAGGUAUCUCUUCCAAACUAGAUACGUUAAAAAUCAAACACCAUCAAAAAGCAUUCCAAUGGCCAAAUGCAACUUCAAAAUCAAAGAAUGCUUUCCAUAAUAUUGACUAUGAAAAGCUGGACAAGCUUGUUAGUGGAGAGUUUGAUGUGCAUACAUAUUCUGGAAUCACAAAAGAGGAAAUUCAGGAAGAUUUAGAGAGGAUUAGGAAGGGGCAAACAAGAGCAGUGGUUGUUGUGUACAAAGGUAAACUUGUAGCCGAGGGAUACAAUUCACUCAUGGGCCUAACAAAAGAUUCUAGAUUACAUGGUUGGUCAGUCACAAAAAGUGUCUUAGCAACACUUGUAGGAAUCCGCAUCAAGCAGAACAAAAUGUCCUUGGACCAUCUGGCCAAUGUUACAGAAUGGUCCGAUGCCUCAAUGCAAGAACAGCACAUAACAGUCAGAAAUAUGCUUAACAUGAACGCUGGUAUUGACUGCGAGGAGAAAUAUCAUGUAACAGGUGAUGUAUGUAAGAUGAUCUUCACCGAGGACAAUGCUGCCGGUAAAUUCCCCAGGUGAGAAAUGGUACUACUCCAGUGCAACGUCGAACCUUUUAUCUCAAGUGCUACGUAACUCAUUCGACAACGAUGAGAAGCAUUGGAAGUUCCCCCACCAGGAGCUUUUUGAUGUGAUAGGUGCAACAUCGAUGGUAAUAGAGGUUGACCCAAGUGGAUCAUUUGUUGGGUCUAGCUAUAGUUACGCUACUGCUAGAGAUUGGGCUAAACUAGCACAGCUCCAUCUACAAAAUGGUGUAUGGAAUAAUAAACAAAUCCUACCCGAAGACUGGAGUACAUUUGUGUCAACACCAACGAAGGAAAGUGAAGGCCACUACGGGGCUCUUUGGUGGCUCAAUCCAUACAAAGGUCAUGGCAAAAGAGAAUCUGAGACAGAUCCUAUGGGGCAUUAUCGCUACUGGAUGAAAUCCCUACCCUCAGAUCUAUAUCGAGCAGAAGGACACGAAGGCCAGUUUGUCAUUGUAGUGCCCUCUAAAGAUUUGGUUAUUGUUAGGCUGGGAUUAAGUCGUGGAAAUGACUCUUGGGAUAAAGAAAAGUUCUUCUCUAGUUUGAUUAGCUGUUUUAAUUAAUGUUUUGAUGACACGGGAGCUUUUUAUUUAUGAAUAAAUAUGUGUAUAUUAGAAUAAGCUAUAAACUUUGAAUAAAUGUUAUCAGAAAGACAUAAACGGAAUCAUAUACCUUUAUA